AUGAAUCUCCGAAAAGUAGCGAAGGCGCAGCCGCAGUCGCCCAGCGUCAGCACGAGGACAUCCACUCCAAAAAGUCAAGCAAGCGAUUCACAAAGUACACCCCGCCCCCGCUCCAGUCGCAAGAAAUCCUCAGAUGCCCCAGAUACCAAAGCUAGGAGAGUACGCACAGGCUGCCUCACUUGUCGCCAAAGACAUUUGAAAUGCGACGAAGCCGUGGGACGGUGUCUCAAUUGUCGCAAGUCGGAUCGCGUCUGUCAGCGUGGUGUCCGCCUCAAUUUCAUUGAUACUCAAACUGUUGCUCCUCCAUAUAUCAUCGCUCGGCCGCAUGGGUCGAAGGUGACAUUUCGGGAUGACUCGCGUUUGAUCGCGUCUUUGUAUGUGGGCGGCUUCGAGAUAUACCCGCCUGUCCAGCCGGAGAGCCCUGUUCAAGAGAACGGACAUUCAAACCAUGACAUUGACGUUAUAGGUGAUGAUUUGACAAAUCUCUUUCAAUCCGUGGCACAUUCGUUUGACCCACUGAGCUUUGAUGUUCCGCAUCCAAAUGUGGCCGACUUCGUUGGAACUGAUACUUGGCACCAGUCUCACUUGGUGCCAGGAGAUGAACUUCUUCCACACGGAACAUCUCAUUUCGCACAGAAAUUGGCUGGGAAACAUGAAUAUCAUGCUUUCCUCGCCGACCCAGAGCAAGUCUCUCUUCUCAGAACUUUUACGGAAGAAGUCGGUCCCCUAAUGGAUAUAAUGGAUGAAAUGAACCAUUUUUCCCAGAUUCUUCCAGGUUUUGCCAUCAGCGAGCCCAUAUUGCUAAAGGCAUUUCUCGCGUGUGGUGCUAGGCAUCUUUUUUUUGUAGACGCCUCUUAUGGGGACGAAAAAGCGACAAGUUAUUAUGACGAUGCUACUCGGGAUCUCCUGAAUGCAAUGCAUGAUCCCAACCGUGACUCCGUUCUCUGCGCAACAGCAGCCCUUGCCCUCGGCUUCUCCGAAACCAUGCCAACCUCAUCAAGGCACAAUGGAGACCACCGCGCAGGCUCCCGAGCUUUGAUUCGAGAAUGUGGCUGGACUGCCGAAACUCCCGGGUUGGGUGGAGCAUGUUUCAGGAUCAGUGUUGGUGCAGAACUGCUGAACUGUAUGCGAUAUAAUUGGACAUUGUCUUGGGAUCCAAACACUUGGGGGGUCAAUAUGGACAUGGAUCAAUCACAUGCCACCAACGGGGGCAACCAAGAUAUAUGGCAUCAUCGGAUACUUUAUAUUUUCGCAAAGGUCAUCACCUUCCAAGCGUCUUCGGGACAAUCACACGGUUUAGGUGACGAUGCGGCGAGGACCAUUCAGCACGACCAUGAAUGGAUGAUUCACAACAGGUGGUGCGACCAAUGGGCGAAAUCUAUUCCUAGAUCCCUCGUACCCCUUGGUCAUUUGCAGCCAUGGCAAACAGGUUCCAAUUCGGCCUUUCCUGAAGUUUGGCUUGUCAACCGAUCUGCCAUCGUUUCUCGAUUAUUCUACCACGCCUGUCGUAUCAUGUUAGCCAAAACACACCUUUCUCAGUCAGAGUUCGACGAGGAUAUGCGGAAAAUGCAACGCAGCCAUGCGCACGAAAUCUGCGGCCUUAUUGCCCACACCACAGACCGAGGUGUGGCCGAUAUAUCCCUGUACUUUCUUGUACUCGCUGCAGAGUGCUUAGAAACACGAGGAGCUCAAGACCAGGUACUCGGCAUCUUUGAUACCAUCACUAAAGUGACUGGCCGCAGUGCCGAACCAAUCAAAAACGAUCUCAAACAAAUUUGGAGCUGGGCCGAUGCUCACCCGCAUACGGUGACGCCAGCCCAGAUGCAGAAUCACUUCUAUGAACUAGACCCCUCUCUGUCAAUCUCCAAUCACCCAGGCUCGUCUCCAAGCCUACACAAUCCCGUGUUGACUACGGGUGACUUCUCGUUGGAGAACCACCCGUAUCGAGGAUAUUAUGUGCCACCACAUCACCACCAUCCACUCAAUCCAUAUCACUAUGGGACAUUUGAUAUGAUUUAA